AUGCAUAAUAUCCAAUUUAAUUAUAUUAACAUCCAUCUAUUACAAUUUUUCAAGAUACGAUUCAAUUCAACUCUUUUUGUUACAUAUUUAGGAGUAUGGAGGGAGGAAGAAUCUAUGACCUCAGUAAGCUCCCCAUAUCCAGUGGAAACUCGAAAAUUUAUGGGAGAGAAGUUUGUAUUUGGCAGAUGUAAUGCAUCUAUCGAAUCGUCUGCUUCCUUAGAGGAAGACGGCCUGUCAGCGCCAGAUAUGUUGGACGACAUCUUAAGUUUUCUUGCUUUGCGCUUAAACGCAACGCCUGUUACUCGUUAUUAUGGUAAGCUUGGGUUUCGUACAUACGAAGGUACUUGGACCGGCCUUUUAGGUGCUUUGAUGGACCAUUCUGUCGACAUAGCGUUGGAGCCAGUAACCACUUUAUCAUCACAUCAUAAAGAUUUGGAUUUCAUUUUUCCUAUAGCCAAAACUAUGUGCAAUAUUUACAUUCGUCACCAAGAAACAUCUGCAGUUCGUGAUAUUUUCUUAGCACCAUUCAAACCAACACUUUUAGCAUGUGUAAUAUGUAUAGCACUCGCCGCUGCUUUGGUAAUAUACCUUAUAAGUAAAACCAAAUUACACAACGGAUCGCGAUAUAUGAGUUGUACUGAAGCUUUAAUUUGGUCGUCGGGUAUACUCUGUCAGCAAGGUGGAUCUUGGACGCCUCCAAAUUUAGCCGCUAGUGUUUUACUAAUAGUGUGCUUAUUAUUUGCCUUGGUUUCAUACAAUGCAUAUGCAGCAUUUAUAACUUCAGUGCUGUCAGUACGAGUGUCAAGUGUUGGCUCUCUGACUGACGUAUUGCAGUCAACGAAUAUUAAGAUUGGUUAUGUAAAGAAUGGAGCUGAUCAGAUGUUUUUAAUGUCCACAAAAGAUGUUCAACUCAACGCCUUCUAUAUUCGUGGUUAUUCUGAGGCAGAAAAUUUGGUAUCUUCGACUGAGGAAGGUUUAGUCCGAGCUGCAAAGCAAGAUUAUGCAUUCUUCUCAGGACAACGUGUUGCUCGUUCUACAUUAAGGUCUCUAAGUCAAGCGCGAGGUCGAUGUGCCCUUCGAGAGUUACCCGUAUUGUCGACGCGAACUCAGCUGGCCUUCCCUCUAUUAUCGAGCUCCCCAUAUGCCAGAUCCAUCCUUCUAAGCUUAUUACAGCUGCGUAGUAGUGGAGCUCUUGGAAGAUUAGAAAAAGCUUUAGUACCAGGCAUGCCUCAAUGCUCGCCGCCAUCAGGUUUCGCCUCUGCACGCGCCGCCGAUGUUAAGACCGCACUACUUGUUAUAUUUAUUGGACUGACAUCAUCAUUUUUCAUAGGUGUCGCUGAGUAUUCAUGGAAAAAUCGAACUAAGUUCAGAAAAUACCUGAAGACUCGUUUUGUACGCAUAUUUAAUUAU